AGGAGGAGCAGAUGAUCAAGCCGAUCAAGAAGCCUCUGGAACGGGAAGACGAUCAAGAGAAGAUGAAGCAGCAGGAGAAUGACAAGCCCAAGCAGGAGGAGCAGCGACCCAAGCCAAUUCUACUGCCAGCCGGGGGUCGUCGUCCAGGUUCCAGGCCGAAGAUGGUUCGCUUCUCUUCCUCAGCGGAGGACAUUCUUCCCGACGGCACCCGACGGCGGAGUGAAACCCAUCUUAGCGAUGGCCGAGGGGGCUAUGUUGAGUUCGCGUAUCUCGAAGCUUUCCACAAGGCAAACCGGUGGCUAAACCAGAGGGGAAAAACCGAGAAGAAGAUCCGCAGCUUGGAAGAGGAAAAGCGCGAGGAAACAGAAGAGGAGAAGCACGAGGAAAAGUCUUGGAGUGUUAGCGCGCUCCGGAUUCUGAUCAGACUCACCGAGCAGCUUUACGAGGAGCUCAACGGCAAAUCCAGCGACCGAGAGAGGAUCAAGCGAGCGCGGAAGAUGAUGAGGCUCCAGAAAAUGCUGGAUAGGAUCCCGAGUGAGAGGAAACCGUGGAAGAAGCUUCAGUCCGGCGAGGUGGUCUUCGUGAAGGAGGCAAAAGAACUAUAUGAUCGUGCGGGGAGAGAUUUUGUUGCAGAAUUCAAGAGGAGACAGAGAGCUGAAGUGAACGAUGAGUGUUUGUUUUGUCGGAACCAUGAUGGCGAGAAGAUGAUCGGCCGGGCUGGAGCGAACUCUAAGACGACUAGACCCUGGGUUUACCUGAGAAGAGAACACGAGCAAACUGUUCUAAGCACGUCGAAGAAACGAGAAAUGAAGUUGGCUCCGAGCUCGAGAAGUUGGCUGCAAGGAUUGGUCAACUGGAGGCCAGUGCUCGGACUCUAGCAUCGGAGAAGCCAACUCUCAAGAGUCAAAUCCAGAAGUUGGAUCUCCAAGCAAGUUGAGCAGCACAGGAGGAGGCCACUAAAGCUAUAGACCAGUUAAGUCGAGAGAAGAUCGACCUUCUCGAGGACUCGACUCCAAAGAUUUGCAACUGUCCAAGACGUGAAAGCAGUGCGUGACAACCGUGUCUCAGGGCUCCAGGCGGAGAAGUCCAUCACACUUCAGGCGUCUAAACAGGCCAGCGACCAGCCUCCACACUC